AUGACAGCCAGUGAUCCCGCCACCAUGGCAGCGAGCGUCCGGGAGCCAACGCACAUCAAUGCGUUGCGUCCCCGAGCUGCCGACGAAGACGAUAUCUCCUUCCUUUUGAAUGGCCAUUCCUGCAGCUUCUCGACCGACAUGAUGCCCGAUGAGAGCCAAUUUACCACUCGCAGCUUCACCAGCAGUCGCACCAAGGAAGCCAGCCACAAUCACCGCCACCAGCAGCACUUCACCAGCAAAGGAUUUGUCAACCUCCCCAAGCCACAAUGUACGAGCCGGUCUCGCCAAUCAUGGACCAGAGUCGUGUUGUUCCUCACGGGCCUCAUCCUAAUCUCGGCCUGGUAUGCCAGCAGGCCAUACGGCGCCGGCAGCGGGCGCUGGCCAGCCCGCCGACCAACACAAUCCCCUGCUUCACCUUCACCCGCCCGGACCUGGGAUACGGCGGUCUCCAAGGCGGCCGACUUUACGGCGCGGCUCAACCUUACCGAAAAGACUCUUGUGGUUACUGGUCGGCUCGGUCUUGAGGCCGGCGGCUGCAUCGGUAACAUUCCGCCGAUCGAGCGGGUGGGCUUCCGCGGCCUCUGUCUGCUCGACGGCCCCACGGCGCUGGACCGCGCCGAUCUUAUUAGCGUCUUCCCGGCCGGUAUUACCACGGCGGCGAGCUGGGAUAAGGAACUCAUCUAUCAGCGCGGGAAAGCCUUGGGUGAGGAAUUUCGCGAUAAAGGUGUCCAUGUUGGACUCGGCCCGGUCGCUGGACCGCUGGGCCGGAACCAGCUUGGUGGACGCAAUUGGGAGGGCUUUUCUGUUGACCCUUACCUCACCGGAGUUGCUAUGCGCCUCACCAUCCGAGGCAUGCAAGAUGCAGGCGUGCAAGCUUGCGCGAAACACUUCAUCGGCAACGAACAAGAAACACAACGAACUAAUUCCUGGCUCCAAAAUGGCACCGAAAUCGCCGCAAUUUCUUCGAACAUCGACGAUCGCACCCUCCAUGAACUGUACCUGUGGCCCUUCGCCGAUUCUGUCCGGGCUGGAGUUGCCAGCGUCAUGUGCAGUUACAACCGACUGAACCAAACUUAUGCUUGCGAGAAUUCCAACCUUUUAAACCGGAUUCUUAAGGAUGAGCUAUCGUUCAAGGGAUAUGUGCAGAGUGACUGGUUCGCCACUCAUUCCGGCGCCGAAUCGAUCAAUGGAGGCUUAGAUAUGAACAUGCCGGGGCCGAUCGGGCAUGCCGAGACCCUAACGGGUGAGACCUACUGGGGAGCAAACAUCACGAAGAUGAUCAAAGACGGCUCUGUCUCCGAGGAUAGACUUGACGACAUGAUUCGACGGAUCAUGACACAAUAUUAUCUUUUCAAGCAGGACAGCGCUGAUUAUCCAACCGUCGACCCUUCAAUCAUUUUCACGAUUGCCGCGCAAUCGAAUCUCCUGGACUUGAUUCCCUUCGAUCCGCCGCCAAGUCGCGACGUGCAGCGUGACCACGCAAAGGUUAUACGCAAGCUUGGUGCCGAGGCCACUGUUCUUCUGAAAAACGUCAACGGGACCCUUCCUCUUCAGAAGCCUGCCAACAUCGGCGUCUUCGGUAAUGAUGCCGCAGAUCCCGCAGACGGCCUUGUUUUUGGCGCCGGUUUUGAGAUCGGCACGCUGAGUGUCGGCGGCGGCUCAGGCACCGGGCGGCACACGUACCUCAUCUCUCCUCUCGAGGCGAUCAAGGCUCAGGCUCGCAAGACCGGCUCGCGUGUGCAGUAUAUCCUCAACAACAAGGUGUUGGCGGCCGGAGACUUCAGCAGCCUCUAUCCCAUCCCAGAAGUUUGCCUCGUGUUCUUGAAUACCUUUGCUUCUGAAGGUUACGACCGAACAGAUAUCGAGGCUGAUUGGGAUUCCACAUUGGUCGUCGAGAAUGUGGCCAAGCGCUGCCCGAAUACCGUCGUCGUGACGCACUCAGCCGGCAUCAACACUUUGCCGUGGGCCAACAAUCCGAAUAUCACGGCCAUUCUGGCCGCUCAUCUACCCGGACAAGAAUCGGGGAACUCUAUUGUCGACGUCCUUUGGGGAAAAGUCAACCCUUCUGGCAGGCUCCCGUAUUCCAUUCCGGUGGAUGCCAAGGACACCGACAUCCCCAUCGUCAACCUCACAGAGUCGGAGGUAUCCUCGCCCACUGCAUGGCAAGCCGACUUCACGGAGGGUUUGUUCAUAGACUACCGCCAGCUCGACGCCCGCAACAUCGACCCGCUUUAUGAGUUCGGCUUCGGCUUGAGUUACACCACCUUCGAGAUGCAGCGGUCGUUGAAGAUCAAACAGUUGAGUAGAAUCAUUGCAGCGACACCAGAGCCAUCUCUCUUCAAAGCACCGGGAGGAAACCCGGACCUUUGGGCACCUGUCAUUCGCAUCACAGCUCACAUUACCAACACGGGGCACGUUGCUGGCUCAGCUGUGCCCCAGUUGUAUGUUUCCUUGCCGCAGGACUCCGUUCCGGAGGGCACCCCUCUGCAAGUUCUUCGCGGGUUUGAAAAAGUCUUUCUAGAGCCGAAAAAGUCCAAGAGCGUUGAUUUUGAGUUGCUUCGGAGGGAUGUUAGUUAUUGGGACGUGGCGUUACAGACUUGGGUAAUUCCCGAAGGACCGAUUGCAUUCAAACUUGGGUUUAGUUCUCGCGAUAUCAAAGCCAGCGCGCAGCACGUUAUUCGUCCGUCUUCUUGA